GUCGCCAGAAUCUUAAUAUUGGAAUAGAAAUUCAUUCGAUUUUCGCAACAAAAUGAAUAAAUAAGGAUAAUAUUAACUUCAAACGGAUACCAUGGAAUCCAAUUUAUCAUUUUUCAGUCUUCCAUUUGUGGACUCGGAGAAGACUCAGGAAUGUGUGUACGAUGGUUUGCCAGGUAGCUUACCGUCGACGGGAUCCCUUCUAGGAGCGGAUGAUGUGCUAGCUCAAUUUCUUUCGGCCGACGGCCCACUCGAGGAACCCGACUUGAAUGGCCCGACGACCUUGCAUUGCGAGAUUUGUAAGAAACAGUUUGAUAAUGCUAAGAAGUACUAUGGGCAUUUAAGAGUGCAUUCGAAGGAUAAUCUUUGGAUUUGUGAUAAAUGUCCCAACCAGAAGUUUUCGACCAAGCAACAGUUGAUGAAGCACAGCCUUACUCACAAACCUCUGGAGAGGGUAUGGAGAUGUCCACAAUGUACCAUGGCCUUUGAGGCACUAUGGAGACUCCAGCAACACUUGUUUGCUAACCAUCUGGAUUAUCGGCCCCACAAAUGUGAUGAAUGUGAAAAAUCAUUUCACAAGGCUUCAGACUUGAAGAAACAUUAUGAUACACAUUCUGAUGUAAAGAAACAUGCAUGCACAUUAUGCUAUAUGCACUUCAAAGACAAAUGUAACCUGAAGCGUCACAUGUUGACACACAACAACGAGAAGCCCUUCUGCUGUGCUGGCUGCGGGACUAGGUUUAAACAGAUAGCGUCAAUGAGGCGGCACACUAAAAACUGCGCACUAUACAAGAGUCAUCUCCACGAGCCAAUUGACAAAACUGUGCGGAAAAAUUAUUGUAGAGUUUGUGGCGUGACUUUCCAGUAUAAGAGUGCUUUACUUGAACAUUGUGUUAGACAACACACAAAUCCGCCAAGCAACAUAAUGAAAGAGGAAAAACCAAAUAUAACAAAUAUAGACAUUAACAAAACAGUAGACAACAUCGUGGACGACAUUCUAUCUGCUGAAGAUGAUUACAUGACAAUGUCCAGACAAAAUGAAAUAUUAAGCGUCUACAAUCCAAAUGAGAAUGGAAACAAUGACAAUUUAAUGCAAAUUGAGUUUCUCAAAGAGAUGAACCAAUUACAUACUUUAGACGAUGAGCUGUUUUAUAACGAUAUAGAUUUUGAUACAUUUCAUCCUAGCCACAUAUUUAAUGCUAACGAAACUGAUUAUAAUAUGGACAGGAAUACCGAGAUUAUGUUUGAUUUUGCUGAAGGAAGCAAAAGUAUAGAUCAGGAUAUCAUGAAUGCAUUGUACCAUGUUAAAGCUGAAUAUUUGCCUGAUGAAUUGCUUAAUGUUCCUGAGGUUGCAACAGACGAAACUAACGAAUUGUCCGUGAACGAAUGUGCUACUAUAUUUGAGAAAGAUGUGGAUUUGGAAGCUAGUACCAAUUUAGCGGCUAAUCUUAACCAACUUAUUGGGGAGAAUAGUGUUCAAUAUAUUUCUACAGAGGACGAUGACACAUUCAUAAUAAGUUUAAAUAGUGAAAUAGAUGCAGAACAGUUGACAGACAUGUUAAAUAUAGGUGUUGAACUUGUUGAAGGAGGCAAAGAAGAUUGUGUAUCUAAUGAUUCUGAAAGUGAUACUACUGAAGGACCUUCAAGUGAAGCUGAGCCUGUUGUUGUUAAGAUUCAGAAGCCAGUUCAAAUCAGAUUUGAUAAAGAGAAUGUGUCUGUAGAAAAAGAAACUGUAAAGAAGAAGAAAAAUCAAGUGCUCUACGUUUGUAGGAAAUGCCAUAAGACAUUUAAGAAGAGAGAUAAUUAUCGAUCUCAUAUAGCGGUCCAUGAGCCAGCUCUGCGUCGACACAAAUGCUCUAUAUGCGGGGAACGGUUCAGCUACCGCUCGACGUUGAACAAACACCGUGCAGCGCUGCAUGAGCCCAGAAUACUCCCCUCUGUUGCCUGUCACUUAUGCGAUAAACAGUACACGGCCAAAUGGAUGGUAAGUUCUCACUCUCAAUAAUAAUGAGACGCAAUUCGAAAUGUAAAAUUUUUGGGAAGCUGGGUAAAUAAAUUAAAUAAUAAAAGCAGGAUAUCGUUCUUC